AUGAUUGAAGCAGCUGUCGCGUUACCAAACUUGGAAUACGAUGCGAACAGGCUGUACGCUUCGAAGCACACUACUGAAAUUCAGAUCCGUCAAGCUUGGCUGGCUGCCGAACUUUUGCUCGGUGAGGCUGCCAUUGUGGAUCGACAGUUGAACCAGUGUCUGCAGCAGAUGACUUCCGUUACACCACAUCCGACACUAGUUGUGACUUUGACUGCUGAGAGCGAUACAUGUUACCUCCCCGGGAAGCAACUGCAGUUUACAGACUGUUCGUCUAAAUGCAACUGGCUCUUCUACUGGUCUGUUAUUGUGCGGUUAAACAGACUGAUAAAGCAUCUGUAUGAUAUAUCUUCGGAGCUAUCUUCAAAGCUUCCGGACAAACCGCAACUCUCAACGGCUUUGACGAACCUUGUGAAGGAUGACGAUGUUUUGGAUCAGUAUGCGGAUAAUAUUGGAAUUUCCCUUGGCGCGGGAAUGACUGCCAGUACAUUUCACGCUCAAGAGGCAUUAAUCUUUGUGUUUAACCUCUAUACUUAUUGGGAGGACAGAGGGAAUGUCGAGAAGACGAACUGGUGUAUUCAGACCCUUCAGGCUCUUCAGAAUCAUGACCGCAGCCUGGAUAUUGAGGUCAACCCAUCCCGCUAA